AUGAUUUCAUUGUGCUUAUUACUUCUUGCUUUAGUUAACGCUAAAUGUUCUCAUAAAGAUUUUGCUAUGUGUUCAUCAAAUAAUUGUGCUGUUUCAUAUGAUUAUCUUCUCUUAGUUGAAACUUGGCCUGGACAAUUCUGUCAUAGUAAAUGUUGUGAUUUACCAAAAACUACUAUGGCUCUUAAACCAGGAUUUACUCUUCAUGGAUGGUGGCCAAACUUUGUUAGUGGAUAUCCAUCAUGUUGUAAAUCACCAUACACUGAUGCCCAAGUUUCUAAAAUGAUUGAAAAUGAUCCAGAAUUUAUGGAAGCAUUAUCAUACAAUUGGGCUUCUCUUUCAAAAUGCAAAUUCUUUAAUUAUGAAUAUGAUAAACAUGGAACAUGUGUAAGUGAUGUUUAUAAUGGAGCAACUGGACCAAAAGAUUAUGCUAUGACAGCUAUUAAAAUGUUAAAUGAUCAUGAUUUCUGGAAAGUUUUCAAAGCUGCAGGAGUUGUUGCUGAUGGAAAAACUUCAUAUAAAAAAUCAUGGUUAAAAGAAUUAGCUGCUAAAGAACUUGGAGUUGAAGGAGCUGUUUAUUUCACUUGUAGUGGUAAGUAUCUUAGUGAAUUAAGAGCAUGUACUAUGGUUACUACUUCUACAAAAGCUAAUCCACAAUUUAUUACUUGCCCAUCAGGUGCUACAAAACAAGAGACUUGUGGAAAUGAUAUUAUUUUUGAGAAAGAACCAGUUUUAACUGAUAGUGGAUGUUUGUAUUAA